UACAACGAAAUGGCAUCUCCCUUGUGGGUUAUACUGUCGCUCAUGACUUCCAUGAGCCCUGAAUCGAAAGUAAUAAAAUUGCCACGAACGUGUCUACCGGAACACUACGAAUUGAAAAUCGAUUUGAGCAAUCCCGAAGGGUUCGUUCCGGAAGUGAAAGGAAGUGUUCAAAUUCGUGUCAAUUGCUUGUUGAAUAGCAGCAAUCUGACACUGAAUUGGAAGCGGCUGUUCAUCGUUGAGGACGAUGUAUCCAUCACAGCAUUCGAUCCGAAGAAGCCGUCAUUACCGGGAACUGCUGUAAAAAUGACCAAAGCUGAUUACCAAAGUGACCGAGACUUUCUCGUACUAAAUGUUGGACAAACUCUGAAGAAAGGUUCCAAAUACAUCGUGUCAGUGAAUUUCAGUAAAACUCUUGGCAUAGAACCUACUGGUUUGUACAGAAGUUUCUACUACGAUUCCACCGGAGCAGCAAUGAAUUGGAUUGUUCUAACGAAUCUGUACCCCAUGAACGCUCGCACUGUAUUCCCGUGCUUUGACGAACCGGACCUUAAAGCAACAUUCAAUUUGACCCUGAUUUACAGUCCACUCUACAAUGCGAUAAGCAAUCUCCAAUGCGUAGAAAAUAAUUGCAAAGGAUACCUUUCGGAAACGAGUGUGUGUCGAAAGUUUGCAAGUCAAGCACCGAUUGCACCCUACCAGCUGGCAUUCUCCAUCAACGAUUACAGUGAACUAGUGGAAACCGAUGUAUUCGGUCUAAAAAUCGAGGGAUUGACUUCUGAUCGGUUUGACGAACUGGAUUCAGCCAUCAACUAUACCAAUACUCUGCUGGAGUAUUACCAUGACGUUCUUGGUGUAGAAUACCCAAGUGAUAACCUGACACUCGUAACUGUUCCAGCAUAUUCAUGGGAGUUCUCCGGAGGAACCGGCCUGCUUGGUGUUCCAUUCCAUGAAGAUGAUCACGACCGAAUGCAUCUACAAUUGGCACGUGGGUUGUUACGACAGAUCCUUACGAAUCGAGUUACAUUAGAGUCCUGGACUGAUUUGUGGAUUAUAGAAGGCUUGACGUGGUACUUUAGUCAGGAUGCACUCGGUGCAGAUUCAAAUGAUGCAUUUGAUCAAUGCUGGCAGUUCUCCAAAUAUGAUGCCUUAAACACUAGUUUUGCUUUGCAGACCAAUUCAAGUAAUGCUACCAUACCACCUUUGAGAGAAAUAGGACAAAAAACCUUCUGCAUCUUUUCUACUCUAGCAAAUUUCAUUGGAAAGCCAAACUUUUUGCGAGGGACAAGGGAUUUCAUACAGAAAUACCAGAGCAAGUCAAUAGAUUUUAAAGCAUUCCAAAGCAGUUUCAUCAGUAAUGAUCUGAAGGGCAAAGAUUUGGAAACGUUGUUCGAAAGCUGGCUAACCAGCUCAGGCGUAUCAGUACUGAACGUCUCAAGGAAUGGAAAUUUGACGAAACUCGAACAGAUUCAGUUUGGUGUGUUCAAUCAAAGCAGGGAAAAUUGUCGUCAGCUGAAAGUUGUCUUAAAUCAGACUUCGUUACCCUUGUGGAUAGAUUGCACCGCUUUAAGCAAAGCUAUCAACUUGAACGAUACCCCAAUAGCGUUGACCGGUAAUGAAUCAUCUUACUUUAAAGUUCUCUACGACAGUCAAACGUACGCCAUGAUUGGAAAGCUGUUGAAGGGAUCAAACAACCUGUCAACAUCAACCCGGGUGCAACUUCUGAACGAUGUGCUUGACUUUGCUUGGAUGGGCUACGUUAACUACACCGUCGCUUUGGAUUUGGUCAGCUAUCUUCAAAACGAAACCGAACACCGUCCGUGGAAUACAGUACUCGGUCAUUUCGAUAGAAUUUGGUACCUCUUGAACAAUAACUCCGAAAGGAAUGAAUUGAAGAAGUUUCUCCAGGUGAUAAUAACCCCCAUCUAUAAACAUUCUGGGGUCUUCAACAUAUUCGAAAAACUGUCGAAAAACACGCAAAAGCUUCAUUCGCUGCUUGCUCGGUGGGCUUGUCGAUUGGAUUUGGAAAACUGUACUGCCAGUGCAAGGAGAAUGUUCAAAAAUGGAUUGAUUGUACCGGAAUUCUUGCUUGAAAGCGUAAUAAGGGAAGGAGCCGGGUCCGGAAACAUUUCCGAUUGGGGCCAUUUGGCGGAAAUGAAUCAAAGCGUCAACUUUGUUCAUAGAGCUGCCACACUGAUCAAGGUUUUGCAAGUCGCAGAACCACAUGAGCUGAUCGAAAUGGUUUUGGCUACAUUUGCGAAUAAUUUAAAUAUACAACAAGAUGAUCAUUACAAGCGUCUUGUUAUAGAUGCAAUACUGGACGAUGUGCAACUUCCAGCUUUGACGCUGGAUGUGAUGUUAUCACUGUUUGGUGAAGAGAGCGGUUCGACAAAGCGGAGUAUAAUUCGGCAAAUGGUCGAAAGGAUAACAACCGAGGACGAUGCCGACAUACUGCUAAGAUUGAUUCAACGAUUUAGAAGCGAUUCGGGGGAUGUUGCUUCAUAUAACGAGGACGUGGCUAAUCUACGAUUCAAUUUGGAUUGGUUGAAAAGGCGCCGCGAUGAUUUUUUGGAAGCAAUUAAUAAAAAUUUAACUACAUAG